GUAUCGGACACUUCGCAGAUAACGCGAUGCAAUAAUGAACUCAGUCUGAUGUAUAAUUUACGCGCGAUGUUCAUGGUACGAUGGUUGACGAGUCGAGACCGCGACGAAGGAAGGGGAUGGUUAUCGCGUGCAUUCGAGGCGCCAUGGACCGGCGCGCGUUCGACAAAACCCGCCGGCCAGUUCGCCGCGGUUCUUCCUCGGGUGCAGUUGUCGAGGUUUUCACCUCCUCUUGCGUUCAAGUCGGUUAAAUGCCCCUUUGACAGCUUGCGAGAGUCGCCGAUUGCGUAAUUUACGAGCGACGUACAGCUAAGCGGGAAAGCUCUUGGUCGUGAGAAGUUGGCUGUGAGAGAAACGAAUUUCCACGAGCGUAGCACGUCGCUUAUAUAGGCGUCGGCAGGCGGAAACGUCAGGCUGCGUUUCCGUCGAGAGGAAACAAAACGCGCGCGUGUUCGGCCGUAGACGACGUGUGCGAAAUCCAAUAAAAGUCUCUUCAUCGCGCGGCACUGACCGCCGACGCCGGCGGUGGAACAUGAUUCUUCCCACAUCGAGGACGUCCCGACGCGUGGCCGUCGCACGAUCGAAAAAGUCGCGGAAAACGCACGACGCGAUUGAGAGUAUCGCGUAGCUUUUUUUGUCGCCGCCUAAAAAUAAAGGUGCGUCCGUCACGUCGACCGAGGUUGUUCUCUCGCGACGACCUCGCGCGUGUGUCCGUGUCGUGACGUGACUCAUUCGCGAGUCACGCGUCGAACGAUUAUUUUCCAAGUGUCAUCGCGACGAACGAACGCACCGCUAUGAUCACGGACUGGCUGGACACAUGGUUCGGCCGGCCGAAGAAAUCCGGCCGCGGGGGUGGGAUGCGCAACAACUCGGGCAGCAACACCAUGCCUCGGCCCCAUUCCGGCGACGAUAUCAACGAAAUCGAGCAGCAGCGUUCCAUCAUCGAGAGGAUGGACGAGGAGACGGUGAACGACAAGUUCGAGGAAAUGCUGGCCAACAUGAACCUGACGGAGGAGAAGAAGGAGCCGUUGCGCCAGCAGUCGGACUCGAAGAAGAAGGAAAUGCUGGUCCUGCAUUACAAGGGUACCAUACAGGAUAACCGGUCGAAAUUCGACAAGCCGGCCGACUACAUCCAGUACUUGGCACAGCCCGACCUCAGCGUCAACAAGAUCUACAGCUGCAUCGAGUCCCUCAGGAUCGCGCUUACCAACAACCCGCUCAGCUGGGUGCAGGAGUUCGGCACGAAGGGACUCAAGCAAGUCCUGGCCACGCUCAACGAGUGUUACCGAAAUGCCUUCAUAUAUUACGAUAGCGACAAUCGAUACGAGCGAAUACAGUACGAAUGCAUCCGCUGCUUAAAGGCCAUUAUGAAUAACACCGUCGGCAUCAAGGAGAUGUUGGCCCAUCACGAGGCUCUUACCAUAGUGGCCAGAUCGUUGGAGCCGACGAAACCAUCCGUAAUGUCCGAAGCCGUGAAGUUACUCGGCGCGGUGUGUCUCAUCUCCAGUGACAGCCACAAGAAAGUCUUGGACGCGAUCACUAUGAACGGCGAGUUCAAAGGUCGCGAAAGAUUCCUACCGAUCGUGCAAGGACUGAUGAACAAGAAGAAUGAAAAUCUAAGGGUAGUGUGCCUUCAACUCAUAAACUCGAUAAUAUCGUCCGCCGAGGAUCUGGAUUUUCGCUUACACCUGAGGAACGAGGUGAUGCGAGUCGGUCUAGCCAACAUUCUCGAAACUCUGGAGAAAGACGAGUCGGAGGACCUGGCGACGCAUUUGAAGAUCUUCAACGAUCACAAGGAGGAGGACUACGAGGAAUUUGUACAGAGAUUUGACAAUGUGCGAUUAGAACUAGACGAUGUUAACGAUUGCUUCGAAGUGGUGAAACAUAUUGUAUUGGACACAGCCGCCGAGCCGUAUUUCCUCUCCAUCCUUCAGCACCUUUUAUUUAUCAGAGACGACGUUCUGGUUCGACCGGCGUAUUACAAACUGAUCGAGGAGUGCAUAUCGCAAAUAGUACUGCAUCGUUCAGGCUGUGAUCCGGAUUUCAGCGCGACCAAGCGCUUUCAGAUUGACGUGCAACCGUUAAUCGAUAACCUAGUCGAAAAGUCACGAGCCGAGGAAGAGCGACGGCUGGUGGAGAUAACUCAAAAGCUGGAGGAAGCUAUCGCCAGCAGGCAGGAAGCCGAGGCGAAGCUUCAGCAUGCGGAGAACAAAAUCAAGGAGUUGGAGCAAGGAACUGGAGGAGGAACGAGGCCGGCCGGUGGUCCCAGAACCGCCAUGGGUCCACCACCCCCGCCGCCGCUUCCUGGUAUGGGUGGACCACCGCCUCCACCACCUCCCCCUCUUCCCGGGGCACCGCUCCCACCGCCGAUGAUGACAUGUCCACCUCCACCACCUAUGCCUGGAUCGAGAGGUCCUCCGCCUCCACCCAUGCCUGGCAUGCCCGCGCCACCACCCAUGCCGGGAAUGGGACCUCCACCGCCACCGAUGAUGGGAGGACCUGUGUUCUCGCCAACCCCGCCGACACAACCCUUGCCUCCCGGGUUAAAACCGAAGAAAAAAUGGGAAGUGGAUAGUCGGCUGAAGAGGGCGAACUGGAAGGCGAUCUUGCCUCACAAACUGACGGAAAAGUCAUUCUGGAUGAAGGUGCAAGAAGACAGAUUGGCUAGUCCAGAAAUAUUGGACGGUCUCGCGCAGAAGUUCGCGUCGAAGCCGAGCGGGAGGAAAAUAGACGAUGUAGUCGACAAGUCAGCUUCAACGAAGAAGGUGAAAGAUCUCAAGGUUUUGGACAGCAAAGCGGCACAAAAUAUAUUGAUACUCCUCGGUGGGACACUGAAGCAUAUGCCUUACGCGGAUGUGAAGACGUGCCUACUCAGAUGCGAGGGACCGGUGAUCUCGGACAAUAUAUUGCAAGGAUUAAUUCAGUAUUUACCACCGCCGGAUCAGUUGUCGAAGUUACAGCUCUACCAGGAUCAGUACGACGACUUGACCGAGGCGGAACAAUUCUGUGUCACGAUAUCUACGAUAAAGAGGUUAAUGCCGAGAUUGAGGUCUUUGAGCUUCAUGUUGCGUUACGAGGAGCUGAUUCAAGAUGUGAAACCCGACAUAGUAGCGGCUACAGCAGCGUGCGAAGAGGUGAAGAGUAGCAAAAAGUUCGCGCGAAUCCUCGAGUUGAUUUUGUUACUCGGGAAUUACAUGAAUUCCGGCUCGAAAAAUGGACAGGCGUUUGGAUUCGAAAUUAACUUCCUCACGAAGCUUACCGGCACUAAAGACGUCGACAACAAGCAAACCCUCAUGCACUAUUUGGUGAAUACGAUAGAGAGGAAGUUCCCGGAGUGUCUCAGCUUCGUCGAGGAACUGGCCCAUGUGGAUCGUGCCAGUCGAGUGUCUUUGGACAACGUCCAACGAACGCUGCGUCAAAUGGAGACCAACAUCCGCAAUCUCGAGCAAGACCUCGCGAACGCCAAGGUUCCGCAAUGCGACGACGACUUAUUUAUAGACGUGAUGAAACCAUUCGCGAAGAAAGCCAGAGAGUCUUACGAGGUCUUGCAGAAUAUGUUCAAGAAUAUGGACGGCCUGUACACGGAGAUCUCCGAAUUCUAUUCCUUCGACAAACAGAAGUAUACCAUAGAGGAGUUCUUCGGCGAUAUCAAAACGUUCAAGGAUGACUUCACGCAAUCACAGAAGGAGAUAAUAAAGCUGAAGGAGGGUGAGGAGAAGCAGAGACGGGCGAGGGAGGCACGCGAGAAAGCAGAAGCGGAAAAGGCGGCGCGAGCCGCUCGCAAGAGAGCGCUAGUCGACAUGAAUGCACAUGAAACGCAGGAAGGUGUCAUGGACAGUCUGAUGGAGGCCCUGCAAACCGGAUCCGCCUUCAGUCGGCCGGACCAACGACGCAAGCGACCGACGCGCGUAGCUGGUGCGGAAAGGAGAGCGCAACUAAAUAGGAGUCGAUCGCGUACUGGAUUAGUCGGAUCUGGUUUACUAGGGAGAGAACUUUCGACAGAGCUUUUAAGUUCGGCAUAACCUACCGGAAUGUGUCCCGUUUCCGUCCUAAACUCGUUGCUGUGAUGAUCUUGCACCUCGUGUAUAUCGUUGGAACGGCAGUGAAUGGGGGAGAACAUCAUGCGGCACGAUAAAUAAUCGAUAUUCAGGGGAGAAGGAGGAGAAACGUGCGAGAAACGUCACGGCCGGUAAUCGCCGGUCGGCACACGCACGUCGAAUCGAGGACGUUCUAUUGCGAUUUCACGUUAAGUUCGAACCAAGUAACAGAGUCUUCCUUUUACGUAUUUCAAACGGAUUGUACGUAUUGUGUAUUCUACUGUACAAAUAUAUAAUUCACGCGACUGUGUAUAAAUGAAGCUGUACCUUUUGCGCCGGUCGGUCGGCGAAGGAGCGCGCCGUUCACGAGUCUAGUACAAAAGAGAGUGUUCGCCGCCGGCGAGCCGUACUUGUAAAUACGCGUGUAAGGCAAACACACCGCGGCGAUUCAUCACUCGCGGCGCGACGCGCGCCCUCGUCGUUCUAGCAUUUUUACUGCCGUCUCUACGAGUCGAACGAUAGACUUGCAUUUAUUUAUAUACGUUGCUGUAAAUAUACCAUCUCGCGAGUAUUGCACACGUACGUGGGUGUACGCGAACGAUGCUGCGACUCGUAAUUAUGAAAUUAUCGCGACAUUCUCGCGAGAGAUCGUUUACUUCGGGAAAGCGCGAGCGAUCAUUUCGCGUGCGAAAAGAACGCGCGGUGAGACCAGAGACCUUUAUUUUUUAAAGGGCGAAGAGGAGGCUCGUGUAUAAUUAUCGCUUGUCCCAAGAUUACGAAACGAAAAUGAUAGUGAUAAUUUAUCGUAAUGACCCCCUCCCCCUCGCGAUCCCGAUGGAACAACCGCGAAACGUGCGUAACCGUUUACGUCAGCCGCGGCUCAUAAUUCUCGAACAACAUUCCUCGAUUAUCUCGAGGAAUGUCCGAGACACUUAGUGACUUCGUACAUCGAAUUUGACGCUCACCACACACCGGCAGUGGUGAUAUAAACGCUAUCUCGUCCAUUAGCAUUACGUGUCCUCUCAGGCAGGCGCCUCUGAUUGGAAGUUUUUCCACACGGAAGUAUCUCCGUUUGCGCGCGACGUAGUUUUGUGUAAGCGUUAACGGCCGAAAAAGGACUGAGAAAUUACCUUUAAGGGAAACGACGUAUCCGGCGACGCGCAACGCACGCAUUUUGUGAUAAUGAGCGAGCCUUCGGCGGCAGGUUCAAGUGGCGUUUCAAGUAAUAUCACGGUACACUUUCAACGGCGAGGAGACGGUGAAAGAAACUCGGGGAGGAGAGGAAAGAGGGAAGGAGAGAGAGAGAGAGAGAGGGGGGGAAAUCUCCGAAAAUGAGUACGGCGGCGUGAAUCCGAACACGAUAAUAGAUAUCGCGCAAUAUUCGCGUAAUUCCUCCGCGGUUUCGUGCGAAUAAACGGAAAUGACACGAACGUGUGAGUCGCCAAGUGACGACCGAAGAUCGCGUCCGAUUUCCCAACUCUUUUUACACUGUCGGAUUCGCAAUGCUGACGAAACGCCAAUUAACGUUUCACGGUGUCGAUGUCUGUUCGAGCGAAUUUAUUGCGAGUAGAUAUAAUGUUCGAAAACAAAUUCACGUUAUGCGAGAUAAGUGAUAAAACCUGUUGAGCACAACGUCCUUCAUCAUCGUCGUCAUCGUCGUAGAGGAACGACGGAUAAUAAAAUAGUCGCGCUUGGAAAAUUGCGUUAUACGAGCGGCAGAGAGAGAAAGAGAGAGAGAGAGAGAGAGGGACGACAUCGCGUCGCUCGCAGUUAGCACGCGCGGUGGGGUCCGGGUAUGCCAGGCACGUUCGAAAUGUCUAGCGAAAGGCGACGUAACGAGCCGGUUCUUGUAGCCGCAAAAAAUCGCGGAAGUAUCCACGACGCCGUCGCGUUCCGCCGCCGGCCGAUUUUCGGACGUCUUUAGGGUCUUUUAGUCAUUCCGUUGCGCGCGCGCUCGCUCGCUCGGGCGCGCGCUCGCAUUUUUGUACAUUAUCGAAACGCCGCCGGCCGUUUUACACGGCCACCGUGGACGCACACGUGUAUAUUCUAUGGCACGGCUUUUGUAUGUAUCGAGCGAUUUUAUCGAAUGAGAGAGUGAGAUAAGUUGUGUGAAUGUGUGUAUGUGUGAGAGAGCCUGCGUCACAACCGCUCAUUUUCCCGAAGUAAUUAUUAUACGUGCCCGCGAGGCACAGCGGAAACUUAAGUCAUUUGCCUAUCAACUGAAUCUCGUAGUAAACGAACAUUUGUUAAUAUUGUAGUUAGGACUACACUGUACAAGUAUUGAUUGUAUCUAUAUUGUGAAUACGUAAAUAUUAAAUAUUAGCGCAUUAUUAUUAUUAUUAUUAUUA